AUGCUAACCGCCGUCUGUGGCUCUCUGGGCAGCCAGCACUCGGACGCGCCUCCCGCCUCCCCGCCGCGCCUCGACGUGCAGCCUCUCCAAACAUACCAGGGCCACACGAGCCCCGAGGCCGGGGACUACCCCUCCUCUCUGCAACCUGGAGAGCUGCAGAGCCUCCCGCUGGGCCCAGAGGUGGACUUCUCACAGGGCUAUGACCUGCCGGGGGCCUCCUCUCGGAUAACCUGCGAGGACCUGGAAAGCGACAGUCCCUUGGCCCCGGGACCCUUUUCCAAGCUCCUGCAGCCGGACAUGUCACACCAUUACGAAUCGUGGUUCCGGCCGACACACCCAGGCACCGAGGAUGGCUCGUGGUGGGACCUUCAUCCGGGUACCAGCUGGAUGGACCUCCCCCACACUCAGGGCGCGCUGACCUCACCUGGCCACCCCGGGGCGCUUCAAGCUGGCUUGGGGGGCUACGUCGGAGACCACCAGCUUUGUGCCCAGCCGCCCCACCCACACCCGCACCCGCACCACCUCCUCCCAGCCGCCGGAGGGCAGCACCUCCUCGGGCCUCCCGACGGGGCGAAGGCCUUGGAAGCAGCCGCCCCGGAAUCCCAGGGGCUGGAUACCAGUCUGGAUGGGGCGGCCCGGCCCAAAGGCUCCCGGCGGUCAGUGCCCCGCAGCUCAGGCCAGACCGUGUGCCGCUGCCCCAACUGCCUGGAGGCGGAGCGACUGGGGGCUCCGUGCAGGCCCGAUGGGGGCAAGAAGAAGCAUUUGCACAAUUGCCACAUCCCGGGCUGUGGGAAAGCCUACGCCAAGACAUCGCACCUGAAGGCACACCUGCGCUGGCACAGCGGCGACCGCCCCUUCGUGUGCAACUGGCUCUUCUGCGGCAAGCGCUUCACGCGCUCCGACGAGCUGCAGCGCCACCUCCAAACCCACACCGGCACCAAGAAGUUCCCCUGCGCAGUCUGCAGCCGAGUCUUCAUGCGCAGCGACCACCUGGCCAAACACAUGAAAACCCACGAGGGCGCCAAAGAGGAGGCUGCCGGGGCGGCGGCGGGAGAGGGCAAGGCCGGCGGAGCGGAGCCCCCCGGGGGCAAAGGCAAGCGCGAGGCCGAGGGCAGCGCGGCUCCCUGCAACUGAGCUCCUCGUCCCGCCUCCCCGUCCCGCCUCCCCGUUGGUCUCCCCUCGGGCCAUCAGAAGAGAGCCCUCUGGCCUGAUGCCCUUGUGGGGUG